GCAGACAAAGAAAACGAAGCCAAACAGUUUGAGAAAUGGCAGAGAGACCCCCCCGAACAAUCCCGAGAAGCUCCCAAGCGCCCGUCCUUCCUGUUUAUGAAGAUUUUAAGCCCAUCUCAAUGUGGAAACAGGAAGAAGAAUCUGAUAUUCUGCUUAUAUACCUUCCUGGGUUUAUGAAGAAUCAAAUAAAGGUUACAACGGAAGGCCGGAACAUCGUCAGGGUCAGUGGAGAGCGUCUGAUUGCAGGUAACAAGUGGAACAGCUUCGUGCAGGAUUUCCAAGUUCCAGAAUACUGUAAUAUUAGAGGAAUUCGAGCCAAAUUCGAGGUUGGAAUUCUCACAGUUACAAUGCCCAAAAAGAGUACGAGUAUCCCUCAACCUCAAGUUGACCCCAAAGUUGAAGGAAAAACAACUCAAGAAGUUCCACCAACACCAAAGGAUCCAAAGAUUCAAGAGGACAUUCCUCCAAAACCAUCUUCAUCAACCACAGAGACCAAAAAUCAGAUGGAUGCUGCAAACGAGCCAAAGUCUCAGAAGGGUAUUGCUGAAAUUAUACCAAAAUAUAGUGUGCCACCACUUUCUCGUUCUCAAAAAAUCAGGAGUGAUAGGGAGCCCGAAAAGGGUCAAGGUGAACAACCACCUGCAAGACCUACUACUUCAGGCACCAACACAGAUAAGCAGAAAAAUAUUGAUCGUGAUGAUCAGAGUCGUGAAAGAAAGGAAACGACAGAAACAACAGGGGUGAAGGAAAUGAUGAGAAGUAGUGAGAAAGGUAAAGAACCAUUGAAGCCUGAAAAUGAAGUGAAACCAAUUUCUGAGAGAGAAAAACAAGUGGGGGAUGGAAGUGGCAGUGGUUACAAAGAGGAGGGUGUAAAACAUAUUUCCAAGACAAAGGCAGAGGAAACAACAAAGGUGACUGAUUCUGGUGCUGGUGCAGGGGCUGUUGCUGGUGCUCGUGGUUAUAAUCUGGAGAGUAAGGUGGUUAAAGGCCUUGUUAAGGAGCUGGAUGAAGAGAGACAAUUGAUGGUGAAUGUGGGUGUGGCUGUUCUGGUGAUUGUGGCACUAGGUGCUUAUGUCUACUUCACAUAUGGGUCCUCUAGGAAACCCCAAAACUAGGUUUAGCUUAUACAUACAAUGUAUGAUCAUGGUUAUGUAUACUUGAAAAUAUUGUACAUAAACCGUUUAUGAA